UUAAUUAUGUUGCUUUUGCAGUGGAAAAACAAUUGAGCUUGAUGAUGUAACUUUCCACCAGUGUGUCAAUCUAACAAGAUUCAACUCAGAAAAGACCGUUAGUUUUGUUCCUCCAGAUGGCGAAUUUGAAUUAAUGAAGUAUCGUAUUACAGAGGGAGUAAAUCUUCCAUUUCGGGUACUGCCAACUAUCAAGGAAUUGGGAAGGACACGCAUGGAAGUUAAUGUUAAGGUGAAGAGUGUCUUCGGGGCAAAAAUGUUUGCUCUUGGAGUGGUGGUUAAGGUUCCAGUACCAAAACAAACAGCAAAAACAAGUUUUCAGGUGACAUCUGGCAGAGCAAAGUAUAAUCCAGCUAUUGACUGUUUGGUUUGGAAGAUAAGAAAAUUUCCUGGACAAACCGAGCCGACAUUGAGUGCUGAAGUGGAGUUGAUUUCAACAAUAACGGAAAAAAAGUCCUGGACUCGGCCACCUAUUCAGAUGGAAUUUCAGGUUCCCAUGUUUACUGCAUCUGGUUUACGUGUUCGUUUCCUCAAGGUAUGGGAAAGGAGUGGAUACAAUACGGUCGAGUGGGUUCGUUAUAUAACAAAAGCAGGUUCAUAUGAGAUUCGAUGCUAGGAAAAUCUUAUAACCAGUAAGAUGUCUAUAAUUUGGACGUGGAAGUAGAAGCUAUUGUUGCCAGAACGAGUGACUAAAUGACUUAUUUGUGACUAUGAGUGCGUUUCCUCCAACUUGAUGCAGCCUCCCUUCCUGCAUCUUGUAUUAAUCGAGGUAAAUGUUAUUCAUGAAAACAAGAAAAUAAAAAAUGACUAUUUGUGGUAGCUUUGAUUUGAGAUAUUGGGCUGUAAAGGCCAGUCUAGAUUUGACAGGGGAGUGUAGAUUUUGAUACUUAGGAACUCUCUUGUAUCUUUACCACAAUCUACUAUUUUGUUUGGCUAGACAGACUUUUGAGUUAAAAUUUACAUGUUGCUUGGACUUGGAUCCAAUUUUUUUACGCGAGAAGUUUGGAAUCUGGACGUGUACUCAUGAUACAGAAAGUUGCUUAUUUGAUGUGUUAGUAAAA